AUGUUCGCACAUGUAGGCUGGGCGGAGGCUAGUGUUCCUGAAUGCAGCAUUGUAAAGGACACUCCCCAGGAGAAUGCGAAUAUCUCUUCUGCAUACUUUGCCGGGUUGUGUCCUCGAAUCCGCUCUAGCAUGUUAAAUCGCGCCGACGCUGCCUCGGGUGUAGCCUCGUCAAGAGGAAUAUGUGACCUCUUCGGGGCUGCGGAAAAUAUUGGCAUAGCAGUUCGGUGGCCUAACAUUCAUCAGUGUUCUAACCCUUUCCGAGGGAUGGGUUGCCGAGGACGCUACUGGGGAUCCUAUUACUCUGAACGGGCCCUUUUUCUGAGGUUCCAACCCGUCUCGGGCAAUGCCCUUAAGGGCUCUACGCCAGUCUUGAAGUCCAAUCAGAAGGCCGACCCAGCUGGUACACACACGAUCGAAAUAGGCGUCUGCGAUGCUGGCGACGAUGCUCUCGACAGCGCUACAUUUGUCCGUAUCAUCGCAUGCACUCAGGCCUGUGCAUCUGGAACAGUCAACCUUGGUUGCGAAUCGCGGGGCGGUGAUACCGACGGUGACGGAAUUUACGAUGAUGUGGACAACUGUCCCUUUGUAAGCAAUCCCGGGCAGGAAAACUCGGUUGGCAAUGGUGUCGGCGAUGCAUGUCGUCAGCAGCCGGAGCCGGAGCCAAAGGAGCAAGUCGGGCCUGAAAAUGGACCGACUCUUAAGGAUAGGACUGGUAUUGCUGAAGUUAUAUCUGUGGCUGAACUGGAAGAGGGAGUUAAGCCUGAAAAUAAGAUAAUUCUUAGGGAAGUAACUCUUAGAGAGAAGAUUAGUAUUAUUAAAAUUAAUUCUUUAGCUAAAUUAGUAGAAAUUAAAUCUGAAAAUAGAAUAACUCUUAAGGAUCAGAUUAGUAUUACUAAAGUUAUAUCUAUAGCUAAACUGAAAGAGGGAGUUAAGUCUGAAAAUAGGAUAACUCUUAGAGAUAUUACUAAAGUUAACUCUUUAGUUAAAUUAGAGGGAGUUAAGCCUGAGAAUAGAGUAACUCUUAGAGAGAAGACUAGUAUUACUAAAGUUAACUCUUUAGCUGAGUUACUAGAAGUUAAGCCUGAAAAUAGAAUAACUCUUAAGGAUCAGACUGAUAUUAUUAAAGUUAUAUCUAUAGCUGAACUAGAAGAGAGAGUUAAAUCUAAAAAUAAGAUAACUCUUAGGAAAGUAACUCUUAGAGAGAAGACUAGUAUUACUAAAGUUAAUUCUUUAGCUGAGUUAGUAGAAAUUAAACCUGAAAAUAGAAUAAUUCUUAAGGAUCAGACUAGUCCUCUUGCCCAAGUCAAUCCUGUAGCUGAACUCGAGAAGGAAGUCGGGCCCGAAAAUGGAGUGUCCCUUGAGAAGAUUGACCCUAAGAAAGAAGACGACCUUAAGGUUGAUCCAGGGGAGCAAAUCAAUCCUAAGCCUGAGCCCCCAAGAUUGGAUUCGAAUGACAAUCCGGGGGAUUUCAUCAUCACGAGCGGUAUGAACACUGAUCUUGUCUUGCCCCAAUCAGUGCCAUCACCAACCCCCGAAGCUCUGCUUGGAAAUGUCGAGUCCGAAGCUCACAUAGCCCAAGGACUUAUGUUGGAUGAUUCAGUUGUUCAUUCUUCAGGGCUUGCAGCAUUUCCUGGCGUGGAUAGUGCAGGAAGAGUGAAAGAUGCAGGGAUAACAGGCAGCGGUGGUGAAGCUAAGCUCCUUGCUGCCGGUGUCAAUGUGGCUCCCAUCGCUGGCACAGCGAAAUACGACGGACUCACCACUGAUGGAGCACUCUAUGCAAUCAACUGUCAUUCCUGUGAAAGACAUCUAUCCUCUUUUACGAGCGCCCCCGCGGCACAGUCACAAACUUGUUUACAGGAGAGCAAAAGCUUUACGACUUUAACCCCAGGAAAUAAGUUGAUAGUGCUGGAGCCUAGUCCGGUGUACCACUAUACCUCGACAGCGAAUGAUCAAACCACGUAUCCUGCCGUUACGACCCGCGAGGGCAUGGCCCAAGAGACCAAAGGGGCCGUGGACGAGAUCAACAUGCCGAACCCUACAGGCUAUGCAGAAGCUUCCCCACACGGCCCAGCUCCUGUUAUGACAAAGGUACCUAGUGAACUUCCUAGUGAAUUACCUAGUGAAUUACCUAGUGAAUUCCCUGGUGAGUUCCCUGGUGAGUUCCCUGGUGAAAAGCAAGAACAGAAAAGUACAUAUCCUCCCGCACCAGAAGGUGUAGUGGUCGCUUCUGGGUCGGUGAAUUAUUUGCAGAUAUUUAUUCUGGCGAUAGCUGGCUCUAUCACUCUGGUUGUUAUAAGAUGA